AUUCAGAGACAGCUGUGGGGCGGUCCCUGGGGAGGACAGCGGUCGGUGGGCGACCCGCGCGGGCGCGGUGCGCGGGGCCUGGCGGCCGGCGGCGCGCAGCGGGGGCGGGCGGAGGGCGGCGCCGCUGCAGUGCGGGGACCCGCUCGCCGUCCCCGCGUCCCCGCGUCCUCGAGCAGCUGCCUCCGGCCUCGGGCACCGCGCAUCUACAGGACUGCAGAAGACACCCCGACCAUGGCCUCCCCGUCGUGCUUCCACUCGGAGGACGAGGACUCUCUGAGAGGAUGCGAGAUGUACGUGCAGAAACAUGGCAUCCAGCAGGUGCUCAAAGAGUGCAUCGUGCACCUCUGUGUUGCCAAGCCGGACCGGCCACUGCGGUUCCUCCGGGAGCAUUUUGAGAAGCUGGAGAAGGAGGAAAACAGGCAGAUCCUGGCUCGGCAGAAGUCAAACUCACAGUGUGAUUCUCAUGAUGAGGAAAUCUCCCCAACACCUCCAAAUCCUGUGGUAAAGGCGCGUCGCCGGCGGGGCGGUGUGAGCGCUGAAGUCUACACUGAAGAAGAUGCCGUCUCCUAUGUGAGGAAGGUCAUUCCCAAGGAUUAUAAGACCAUGACUGCGCUGGCCAAGGCCAUUUCCAAGAAUGUGCUCUUUUCUCACCUGGAUGACAACGAGAGGAGUGACAUAUUUGAUGCCAUGUUUCCUGUCACUCACAUCGGUGGGGAAACAGUCAUACAGCAAGGGAACGAAGGAGAUAAUUUCUACGUGAUUGACCAAGGAGAAGUAGAUGUCUAUGUGAACGGGGAAUGGGUGACCAACAUCAGUGAGGGGGGAAGCUUCGGGGAGCUGGCUCUCAUCUACGGCACCCCCAGAGCGGCUACCGUGAAGGCCAAGACAGACCUCAAGCUCUGGGGCAUCGACCGUGACAGCUACAGGCGCAUCCUCAUGGGAAGCACACUGAGGAAACGCAAGAUGUAUGAGGAAUUCCUCAGCAAAGUCUCCAUCCUAGAGUCCCUGGAGAAGUGGGAACGCCUGACUGUCGCGGAUGCCCUGGAGCCUGUGCAGUUUGAAGAUGGAGAGAAAAUCGUUGUGCAGGGGGAGCCCGGGGAUGACUUCUACAUCAUCACAGAGGGCACCGCUUCAGUCCUCCAGCGACGAUCCCCCAAUGAGGAGUAUGUGGAAGUGGGGCGCCUCGGACCCUCUGACUACUUUGGGGAGAUCGCCCUGCUGCUGAACCGCCCCCGUGCAGCCACUGUGGUAGCCCGGGGUCCCCUCAAGUGUGUGAAGUUAGACCGGCCUCGUUUUGAGCGUGUCCUGGGCCCCUGCUCUGAGAUCCUAAAGAGAAACAUCCAGCGUUAUAACAGCUUCAUCUCCCUAACCGUCUGAGCUUGUACUGCGCCUGCACCCUUGGGGCCUCCCCGCGUGGCCCUGUGACCCAUUCCCUGUGCCAGGGGCCUGGGAGCUGCUGGUUAGUGGCUGAGUGGGGCUUCUGCCUGGCACGGAGCCUCUCCUUUCUCUGGACUCACUUUUGGAAUAAAUAACCACCUUGUGCUUUUUCAAAACAAAGGGCCAGCGGCAACGGUAUCCCCAGACCAGGGAGGUGACAGCUGGCUCCCCUACAGUGGCCCUGUGGCCUUAUCUUGGGGCUACCCUGUCCCCUCUUCAAGUCUUCUGGGAAUUCUUUUCUGAUCCCCAUACCUGAACUGGCCCUGUGUCCUGCCAGGUCUCAAGAGUGGGGACUGUGGCCACCCUUGUAGCUUUCCCCCAGAACUGGGAGUUAAUCAGAACACUGCCCCUGGUCCUUGUAAGAGUCCUGGUCUAGGCCCAGGUGUAAAACAGAUUGUGACAAAUGGAGAUGUCCUCAAAUGAGCACUCAAGCUGAGAGCAGAGACAGAGGCUGAAAGACGUUCUUGGUCCCUGCCCGCUGUCCCCAACUCUCAGAAGGACCCCCCCCCCAGGCACCCAAAUUGAUCCUAGCCCUCUUAUCCGGGAACUAAGCUAUGGCCCCAGAAAGUGAGGAGAUGGUGGCUGAGCCCACUCUACUCUCACAGCUCUUAGAAAGUCCAUUUCCGGGGAGGCUAGGCACCCUGACCUCAUGUCACGACAGUUGGCCAAGCCUGUGACCCCUUACUGGCUGGAUGCCCAGAUUGGGCAGGAAGUGUGGCUGAUGGUGGGGCUUUCCGAGCGUGAUGAGUCCGGGCUGAGUCCCCAUCUCCUGAAGAUGAGGAACCAUGGCUCUCUCGGCCUGCCUAUCAGAGACCCCAAGGGACAGCAAGGAACUCCAACUUGCUGGUUAAAGCUGUCGAUUUGAGCCUUCCCAGACUCUCUGUGUAAAGCCUGAAUCCCUGUCCCCUGGCUCCCAAAUAUCUCUCACUUGACCCCACACCCCUAAACCAUCGACAGUGGAGUAUGAUGUGAACCAGCCAGACCCGAGGGCCACAUGAGUGUCCACAACUGUUCAGUGUCCCCUGGGUGACCGGCAUGUCGUGAGACAGUGUGAUCAACCUUUACUUGCCCUGCUGUGCACGUCUAGGUGACCCUUCCAGCUGACCAUCAGUCCCCCGCUGUGUGGCCCUGGCCAUGUGUGUCUUGCUUGCACUGUGGUCUAUCUGUGGAUUCUGUGGCCCUGCUCCCCUGUUCCCUAUUUAUGUCACCAAGUGCUGCAUGAACUAUUAAAUGUACAAUGACGAA